GAUCGCUUCCAUUUCUCUUCAUCUCCCUUAACUAAUACAUCCUAACCUUUAAUACGUUCGUAAAGGUAAACAAAACUGCAAACACAGAGACAUAGAAACAGUUGUUACCUGGAGUUUACCUGUUCGCUUUAUUAGUUUUGUUUUUAUUUGCUUAUUAUUACUUUUGUUUGUUUCCAUGUUUUUACCUUUUCUUUUUACAUCAUUAUCGUUAUUUUUAUUAUAAUUAUUAUUUUAACUUUUCUCCAUCCUCAUCUUUUCAUCUUCUCAUCUCUAUUUGUGUAUUUCCUUCAUCAUCUUCCCAAAUAACGUUUUCGAUAUAAAAACGUUUUCUUUUUUUUCUUUGUUUUUCUUUACUCAUCUUCCUCCAUAGAUUUACCUUUAAAAGCUUAAAGUUUCCACUGGUGUCAUGUUCAUUUGAAAAACCCACUCCAAUCGAGUAACAUCAUCAUCAUCAUCAUCAUCUCAUAAUCUUCACUCACCGUUAAUUUAAUUGUAACAAAAUCUCACCUUCAAUCAUUAAACUGUUUCACUGCCGCACGUUAAAUUACAACUUACAAUAUUAAUUGAUUUUAUCUGAUAACCAUUGGAAAAUCAUAGUUAUUAACCAUAAUCGUCUCUCUCUCUCUCUCUCUCUCUCUCUCUUUAUUGUUUCAAUUUAUUUGUUUCCAGUUCUCUUCUCCAAUCAAUUCAAUUGUUACAAUCAACGAUAACGUUUAUCAUCUUAGCUUAUUAUCAAUUCUCAUUAAUUGUCAUCAUCAUUUUCACCAUGAAACGUAACAAGGAUCGACAUCAACUUGCUCAUUCCUCAAGUUUCAGAUAUCAAAGAUCAUCAUCACCUUACCUAGUGGAAGAUGGUGAAUCCUCAUCAGAAAAUGGGGUCGGCCCCAUGACUCCGUUCGCUUGUCCUCUCGAAGUCAACACUUCGCCACUUCCCUUGUCUCCUCCAGCGUAUUUAAAAUAUCCUCGAGAUCGAUCCAAUAGUAGCUGUUCCCAUUAUCGUGGUUCACCAUAUGAUCUAACUGUCAACUCACCUGAACUUAAUUCGAAUCCUUUCCGUCGUAACAGUGACCCCAUGGCUCGAAAUUCAGAUCACGAUGUUCGUAGUCCACCACUUGCAAUGGACAUGGAAGAAGAGGAAUACGAUCAACCUUUAGACAUGUCAAAGAAAAGUCGAAUUUUAUCAUCUUCUUCUUCUUCCUCAUCCCCUCCACUUGAAUCUCAUCAUUCGUCCGAUCAUCAUCAUCUUCGGCAUCACCAUAACUCUCUCCAUCACCACCACCAUGGCUCAACAUCCUCAUCUUCCUCAUCAUCAACCUCAUCGCGAUCCAACACUUGCUCACCCGAAUCAAUUUACAAGGGAAAUCAUAUGAAUAGUAAAAACUUUAUUCCAUGUAGACAGAACUCAAUUUAUCACAAUCAACCGCAUCAUGUUUAUCAACAAUCUCCACCACCACCAACAAUCAAUUGCCCAACAAGCAACAUUAUCAAUCAUCACAAUCAUAUCAAUUCUCACAAUGGGAAUCCUCAUCUUCAACAUCGACCUUCCGUCAUUACCUGUGCAUCUACAUUGUUUGGACCAAGAAGAUCAACUUCAUCUUCAUCAUCAACCUCUUCCAAUCAACAUCAUCCCCAUCAAACAAUUUGUCCAAAUAAUAAUAAUGGUAAAGAUGAAUCAAUCCUCUAUUCAUCUCAUCAUAAUCACAAUCAAAAUCUUCACCAUAAUCAGAUUAAUUCUGGUUUAACAAGCUCAGAUAAAACCUUGAAUACAAGUUCACCACGACCCUCAUCUUUAGCAUCAACAGCAUCAUCAUCAUCAUUGUCAUCAUUUUCCUCAUCCUCAUCAUCUUGCUCGUCUUCAUUCAAUCGACAUCACCAUCAGUCCACCAUGAAAUCGCAAACAAUGCGACCCGAAACUGCCAAUGAAUUAAAUUCAUUUAAUAAUAAACAUGGUAAAAAGAGACCCGAUGGACACAAUCAAUUAUUAAUUCUCGGUGAAGAUUCUGAUUCGGGAAUCGAUGAGCAUUUCCGACGAUCUUUAGGUGAUCAUUAUCGUAACUACACCAAUGUUUCAAUGAGCGUUGAUGAUCAUUUUGCCAAAGCUUUGGGAGAUACUUGGUUGAAAUUGCAAAGAGAUUCACAAAAUGGAUCAAAAGGAAACUCUUAUAAUAAACAAAACACUGCAACAAUAUCUUAAUUGUUGUCAGUUAAUCAUCAAAUUAUCGAAAAUAGGAAAAAUAAUCAAUCAUAAAUUGGUGCAUAAACUUUUUGGCCUCUUUAUUGUUCGCAGUUAAAAUGGAUUCGUUGUUACAAAUAAGUUUCAAAUAUAUAAAUAUAAAUGGAAAAACGGAAUAUGUGUUAAAAAGGAAUGGAGAAGAAGAAGAAAAAUGAUUUGAGAGAGUAAAGAAGAUGAUAAAUAGAGUGAGAGAGAGAGAAGGAGAGAUAGAGGAGGAAAAAUU